AAGAGCGGAUAGCGGCAGACAGUUAAUCAGGCCUUGCUCACAAGUCAUCCUACACCGCUUCCUGUGUCCUAAUUUUCUGUUGAGGCCUUGUCUCAAUAGACGCCAGCUGAUAGAUCCCGCUAUGUUAUAACCCCUUGGUCAAGUCCCGAGUUCCCCGUUUGCUCCAGCAAAUCUUGGAGGUCAUGGCCUUGGCCCCCUUGGUACACAACGACGAUUGCACGAUGGACACGAUGAAAUCUAAAACUCGCUCUAACAGCGAUGAAAUCAAGGACGAAAUGGCAGUCGCCCUCGACAUCAUGGUUAAAUCCAGCAGCACUAUGGACGAGUCUCAGAUUGACGAAGACUCUGAUAGCCAUAGCAAAAGGCACCUAUCAUCUCAGCACGACACCCUGCGGGUUCCUAAUAGCGCCCGUAAUACACUACCAUUGCCAUGGAAUGUAGACUUCCGAGGAGGGCCAGAAAUCGUCAGCAACAGUUCGUUAAGCGUUAGUGACAAGAAACGCGAACCUUCCGAAUCAGAUGCAGUCUUGUCUGUCUACGACAUGGGCCUCGACAACCCCCAGCAACAUGACCUUAGCCAAAGCGAAGCAACCGAUCCCGUGUUCUGCAAAGCCUACCCGAAAACCCGUUCUUUUCUCUCGGCCGAUGAUACAUGUAUUGAGGAUAUCAUUCGAGAUAAGAUGGAAAGACACCUUUGCUGGAGCAAGAUGGAUCAAAAGGAGUACCUCCCAAGAGACGCAUUUGAGGAGAUAUUUACCAUUACGACUGUGAAAUAUCUCAUCAGGGCCAUCUAUCCCAAUGCCACAGACGAAAAGAUUAACCAGAUCAUAGGGGACACGGACAAAAGUCGCCGAAUGAUAAUUGCUACCCUGGUCUUCAUGAAGCAGACCAGUCACAUCGAUGACUUUGUCCGGGAAGGCAUCUUUGACCACCACAUGCCAUUGCGUCACACGAGAGAGAGCAUGAGAGAGUUCCAAACCCGAGCUGGAACCGAUGAAGCUGAAGAAAUAAACACGACGCUAUUCCAGAAGUGGGAGCGCGUCCACAUCGAUCUGUUCUACAUUUACCAGAAAAUGAUUGUCGUGCCGAUCUUCGACAUGGACGAUGGCAAAAUCCGCUUUCACGUCUUGGACCAAGACGUUCGACUCCCGUGGGAAGAAUUCAAAUAUAAAGCAAGUGGCGCGCAUGGGAUAGUCCACCAACUUCAGAUUCAUCCGAGCCAUUAUAAAUUUGGAAGCAACAGUAAACUGGAGCAUCCUCAGUGUUUUGCAGUCAAAGAGAUCCAUGCCGCUGACCACAAAUCCUACCGCCAUGAACUGCGAGCGCUCGUACAGUCGUGCACCAGAGUGCAACAAGAAAAACACCUGAUCAAGCUUAUGUUCACGUUCCAGCACGGAGAAAAGCUGUAUCUUGUCUUUGAGUGGGCGGACGGCAACUUACAGGAGUUCUGGGCCAAGAAGAAGGUUGAGUCAGCAGCAGCAUCAGCAAGAUGGAUGCUGCAGCAGUGUCGGGGCAUCGCAAACGCCGUCAAACGCAUUCACGGUCUAGCAACAUGGCAGAAGGAAGAAAGGAGGUCAGUAGCUUCCGGCACCGAGGAAGAGGAGAAACUUGUCAAGGAUUGGGGACGGCACGGCGAUAUCAAGCCGAGCAACAUCUUGUGGUUUUCUACGUACGGGGAAGACCGUGACCAUCUUGUUGUUGCCGACCUGGGGCUCACCCGGUACCAUUCUCGCUUGACAAGGUCGCGCGUCUUGAGGGUUGACGGUUUUACUGGGACCUAUCGUGCUCCAGAGAUAGACCUCGGCGAUCUCAUCUCCUCCAAGUACGAUAUAUGGUCUCUGGGGUGUGUUUUCCUUGAGUUCUGCGUCUGGUACCUGCUUGGCCCAGAGGCUAUUGCAGCUUUUGAAAGAGAUCGCAGGCCCAGUCGCGCGAAGGAGGCCAGAGAGCCAGGAGAGUCCGACAAUAGCUAUUUCAUGAUGGAUAUGUCUACUGGGAGGAAGAAAGCUGUGCUCCACCCGGCGAUUUCCAAAACUAAAGCUAGAAAAGCUAGCACCACAUGACACGUCUUUCGCCCGCCAGAUGCUGAGACUGGUUACCACCCAGAUGCUCGUUAUUGAUCCGAAAGGAAGGUCUUCAAUCGACAUGAUAUCCUGCGAGCUAUCAAGUAUUGUCCCUUCGUUACCGGAUAUCACUGGGGUAGAGCCUCAAUCUUCGGGGACUAUAGAC